AUGUCAUCUCCUUCGUUAUCUUCUCCGGCCGAGAAAACUGCCUACAAACUGCUCGUUUGCCUUCGUCUAUUGGCAAUAUACCAAACAUUGCGCUCGGCGAAACCGGAUGUCUAUAUACAAUGGGAGGAGGACGAAGAGAGAGACAAGUCAAUUCGAGACCUCGAAACGCGAAUAUACCUGGCUUGGAAAGAGUUCAUCGAAGAGGGGAGGGUGGGGGACGAUAUACAUGCUUGUCUAUGGACGGCAUUUCCACUAGAGGAUGGAGAAGCUCCUCGUGCAAGGGUGGUGGAUUUCCUUGCUCUGGCAGAUUCUCCACCAAGUCUGCUGUCUCAUUCACUCGUGUCUCUGAGUUUUUCCCACUCUUGGAAAUUUGGCCGACACGGACCCCUGGCGAACACUCUGCUAGGCCGUCUUGCACAACAAUAUGACGAGCUUGCGACACCUCGAGGCCUUCAUUUCAUCGACUUCGUCAUCCAGUUGGGAUACCUUGCACUGCUGAUUCACUAUAUCCUUCGCCCGCCGGACAGGCCUAUACUGACUCUAAAUGACCACCGCGUGGACGCGCGAGCAGUCGCCCUCAUCGUAUAUUCAUUUGCCUCAAUCUGCCGUGCCUCGAGCGCGUACAUAGUUCCAUCUCUUCUGGUCUUCGUCUCGUUCAUCUACUGCCUCCCCGCGUUCCCAUACGCCGGAGAAAGUCCAUACAUCUUCCUCCUCGCCUCAUUGGUAUUACAUAUAGUAUCGCUCCAUCUACCCAUCGCCCCUGGCCUCAAUUUUAUUAAGCCUCCUCGUCAAAGUCUCCCGCUGGCGACCCUCCUGUGGACGGAAUUCACAACUACGUUCAGCACGAUCCUGCUGUUUUACUUCCCCGCUUUCCUGUUGGCGUCCUAUCUACUCUCUAUUGCGUUAGCGGACUCAAUACCCCAAGGCCCUGAUCCAGACGCUUUUCGACUGCUUGCAGCGCCGAUGGAAACUCGACAGGGAUUCGUGGCACUUUGGAUCGUUAUAUUCCUUCUCAUCAUCGUCUCCACAGGACAACUCAUCAUAUUCAAGUCAUCCUCAAUCUCGUCUGACCAGCCGAGCGAUCCCUGGGAUCGAUAUUCCAAAUCUGUCGGCCUUCGUGCUCGAAGAAUAUUCAUUCGAGCCCUUGCGGAUUAUUCUACUCCAUAUUUCUUUCCCGUACCAUUCAACCUACUACAAGUUCUUCUGAUCCGGUUACCUGCGGGCGUCCUACAUUGGACAGCCGGAGUAAAGCUUCGGGUAGUACAUCAUGCGGAAGCUGUACUAUGGAGGUUUACCGUUGGUCCUAUCGCGAUGUUGGUCGAAGGCAUCUGUUUGAUUUGGAGGUGGAGUUGAGCGGCACAGCCGCCACCCGAGUAACGCUUCUGUUCAUUCGUUUACCUUUGUGAACCUCAGGUACAACUACGCACCUUUGUUGAGAGAAGCCACAGGUCCCUGAGCAUCGCCCUCGUUUCGACUAUGCCGCGUCCCUCCCGCCACUCGAACCUGUACAGACAGACCAAGAGGUAGCUGC